AGAAUAUUUUGAACAAUGAUAGAAUAAUUCUAAUCUUAAAAUAUUUCAGUAAUCUAUAAUAAUUAUUUCCUACUGUGGACUACAGUUAUGCUGUGCUUAACUCUGUUUUCUGGGUUCUUUCUGAAACGUUGCAAACUGAUUAUGUGCAGUAUUGAUUGUAAAUUUUCACUUGGACAAUUAGUGCCAGGGGAAUUGUGGGUAAUGGAGGUGGUAGUAACACAGACUAUAAAUUCCUCAGGUUUGCUGUCACUAAUCUUUGGUGGUGGUGAUGGGUUUUUUUGUCUUCUUACAAAUUAUUCCAGAAAAUUAAACUAGUGAAACUAAAGUGAAAAUUCAGAAAUACAUCUGCUAAUGUGCAGAAACAGCACAGUAUGAAAUUGAUAGGAAGUCUUAACUUGUCUGAUCUAUAUUCUUAAAUACUGAAGACAGAAAGAAACUAUUAUUCUUUCCAUGUAAGCUUGCCUAAUGUUUCAUAUAGGAGAAUAUUAUGUUAAAUGCAAUGUUUGUUUCAAAUAUUUUCAAACCAAAUACAGUCUUUCAAAAAGAAAAUGCAUUUUCUUAAUUAAAAACUGCAGAGACUAGCACUUCUCAGGACCCAUGCAUUCAUCUACUUUUUUCUUUUCCUAAGCUUAUAGCAUUUUCUGUUAUUGUGACUCAGAUGCCUGAGAAGUAUUUGUACCUGUUUCAAAUGUACCCUUAUUUAAGGCUGAACUUCCACAGAAGGAUGGACGCUUGACGUUUUAUCCAGGAAAUCAGACUGUGGAUUUGCCUUUCGUAAAUUUUAUGAAAAGAUAUGGCACUGCCUUUCUCAAUGCCUAUACCAAUUCUCCAAUUUGUUGUCCUUCCCGCGCAGCUAUGUGGAGUGGUCUUUUCACUCAUUUAACAGAAUCUUGGAAUAACUUCAAAGGUCUAGAUCCAGAUUAUGUAACAUGGAUGGAUCUCAUGGAGAAGCAUGGCUACCACACACGGAAGUAUGGGAAAGUGGACUAUACUUCUGGACAUCAUUCAGUAAGUAACCGUGUGGAGGCCUGGACUAGGGAUGUUGACUUCCUGCUCCGGCAAGAAGGGAGACCCAUGGUAAAUCUUACUGGUGAUAGGAAGCACGUGAGAGUGAUGGAAGCAGAUUGGCAGAAUACUGAUAAAGCAGUAAACUGGAUAAAGGAAGAAGCUAUUAACCUUGCUCAACCGUUUGUUCUUUACUUGGGACUAAAUUUACCACACCCAUAUCCGUCACCCUAUGCGGGAGAAAAUUUUGGAUCCUCUACAUUUUUAACGUCUCCCUAUUGGCUUGAAAAGGUAACUUAUGAAGCUAUUAAAAUUCCCAAGUGGUCUUCUCUUUCAGAGAUGCAUCCAGUAGACUAUUACUCAUCUUACACCAAGAAUUGCACAGGAGAAUUUACAAAGGAAGAUGUGAGAAAUAUUAGAGCAUUUUAUUAUGCUAUGUGUGCCGAGACAGAUGCCAUGCUGGGUGAGAUUAUUUCAGCUCUUAGAGAUACUGGGCUUCUUAAAAAAACAAUCGUUAUAUUCACUGCAGAUCAUGGAGAACUUGCUAUGGAACACCGCCAGUUCUAUAAAAUGAGCAUGUAUGAAGGAAGUUCCCAUGUUCCUCUUUUAGUUAUGGGGCCAGGUGUAAAAGAACAGCAGCAAGUACCAAAUGUGGUAUCUCUCGUGGAUAUAUACCCUACUAUGCUCGAUAUAGCAAGAAUUCCCAUCCCGCAGAACCUCAGUGGAUAUUCUCUUAUACCGCUGCUGCGUGGAAAGGCUGAAAACGAAGUGUCAUCCGAAGGGCCUCGGCCUUCGUGGGUGUUGAGCGAGUUCCACGGAUGCAAUGUGAAUUCUUCCACAUACAUGCUUCGAACUGGCAAAUGGAAAUAUAUCACGUACUCAGAUGGCCGUUCAGUACUUCCACAACUGUUCGACCUUUCUGAUGAUCCAGAUGAGCUAACAAAUGUUGCCGUAAAAUUCCCAGUAAUUGUACAUUCCUUGGACAAAAUACUCCGCUCUAUAGUAAAUUACCCAAAGGUUUCUUCUUCUGUUCAGAGGUACAACAAAAAACAAUUUAUGAGUUGGAAACAAAGUUUAGGUCAGAAUUACUCAGAUGUUAUUGCCAACCUUAGGUGGCAUCAAGACUGGUUAAAGGAACCCAAAAAAUAUGAGAAUGCAAUUGAAAAGUGGCUGGGUAAAACUAAGUAAAUAAAAACAACCUAGAUUUAAUAUGACUGAGGAUAGAAAAACAUUCUGCAUUUGUAAUAGUAUGCUGUAUUUCAAGUCUUAGAAUUUCUGCCUUAUAUAAGCUGAAAGACUUAUAUAAAGCAAAGAUGCCCGAACAAUUACCAUGUUGUGUUAGAAAGCCAGAAAGCCAAAAGUGUUUUAUAUAACUGGCCAGCACAACAAAUCUAGGUUUUUACAUGUUGUAACUCUGUAAUACAUAAAUAUACAUAGGAAGGAUAGUACAUAAGUACUAAUGGCAUGUAUGGAAUAUUUAGCUGGCUGGAAAAAUGCAGAGCAUUAAGCAUUAGAACUCAACAGGAAUUUCUAAGGGCAGACUAAAGCAAGGAUUACAGAAUUUUGUAUAGGGUAGUGAAAUGUGCUGGAGCCCACUUUCCAUCAAGAUGGAUUUUAAGUCCACAAUGAAUACAUAUCAUACACCUUAGAGAAGCUGUAGCAGUAAAAAUAUAGUCAAAAAGUUAAUAACUAAUAUUGUUCUGAAUGUAGAUGCAGUUUAUUCAAGUACUUAGUAUGACAGCAUUCCUGGUUUAUAUGUGAUGGAUGCCAUCUUUUCAAGAUCUGUCUUCUAACCUCUCACUUCUGGAUCUGGUACUUAUCACUCCUUGCUGUUUAAAAUUUCAUAAUAUGCAUAGGCUAUUAAUUGAACCUUUGUGCAAGUGAAGAGGAAUCUGGUCUGUGGUCCCUGUUGGAAUUUAAAGAAAAGAACAAACCCAAACCAAAACAAACCCCUGACCAAACCUGCGAGUAGAGUAGUUCUCUGAUAGUGUGAUUUGCAUAGCGUAAGAUGAAGACUGCUUGAAUAGAUGUCCGUUAUGCACUUAGAUUGUGCAGGUAAAUGUCUUAAUGUGCAUCAAUGAGUGGAGAAACGGAACCUGAAAUGUAUACAGAGGAGAUGCAAUUGAAGCUUGCAGAAAAACUUAACAUAAAAAUACUAUUUCAUAUUUUUCCUAGAAUAUGACAAAAAAACCAAAGCAGUUUUGGAAGAAGUUAAGAUUUAUCUAGUAACUCUUAACUUCUACUUAAGGAAAAAUAUAAUUGUAGCAAUACUUACAUUUGCUUAUUCCUGAUCAUAGUUGUUGCUGCUAUAGUAACAAUUCAGGGUGACAUUAUACUUCAUACCUAAAUGCUUUCUGGAAUCUGUAAUGAAAUACGCAGCAGUAGCAGUAAGCUAGUAAAAACAAACACAAAAAUUCCUUGUAUUUUCUAAUGGCUAAGCACUCUAGAUGCAUUUUGUAAAUUAUUUAACACACUAGAAUUAGGUACGUAUUUAUGAAUAUUUUAGCUGUUUUAUAUGUUUGUGUUCAUAGAACCUUAUACUGCUUACUGCUGUGGUAGUAUGUUUUGGGGGUUUCUUUGGUAGGCAAGGAGCAAAUUAAUAGUCAAACUUUCAAAUGCUGUAGUACGUGUAAUUAUAAUUCCUGCUAAAAUGAGUUCAGAUAGUGAUGAAAUCAUUUCAACAAAGAAUACAUCUUAGCAGUGUAAUGUACACUGGCUGCAUAAGUAGAGAAAAAUAAAUAUAUCCAUUUGAAGGCUCAUUCAAUAGGGAAAAAAAUAAAUAAAUUGAUCAUUCUCCAGAGGUCUGGACAGAACGCAGUACGUUGUACAGAAUAUAGUAAAAUAAAAUGGUGAACCGGA